AUGAACUCAACAAUUACGGCCAAUAAUCCUCCGGAAGCCUCGUCUAGCCAUCAUCCGGCGGCGCCGCCGCCCCUGAGCCGUUACGAGUCGCAGAAGAGAAGGGACUGGAACACGUUCGGGCAGUACCUGAAGAACCACCGGCCGCCGGUCCCCCUUAGCCAGUGCGAUUCGGGUCACGUGCUCGAAUUCCUGCGGUACCUCGACCAGUUCGGGAAGACCAAGGUCCACUUGCAUGGGUGCGUCUUCUUCGGGCAGCCCGACCCGCCCGGCCCCUGCACCUGCCCCCUCCGCCAGGCCUGGGGAAGCCUCGACGCCCUAAUCGGCCGCCUCAGGGCCGCGUACGAGGAGCACGGCGGGUCGCCCGAGGUCAACCCGUUUGGAAACGGGUCGAUCCGAGUCUACCUGAGGGAGGUCAAGGAGUGCCAGGCCAAGGCUAGGGGGAUUCCGUACAAAAAGAAGAAGAACAAGAAAAAGAGGAUCGAGAUCGACCGUCCGAUCAACCCCAGAGCCGAUGACGAUAAGUUGGGCAGGUGGCAUGGAUGAAGUAAAACCGUUGCUUGAGUUGAUGCUUAAUUAUGAGUAGAGAUGAAAUUUUCCUCCAAUGCAGAGAUCAAUCAUUAAGAAGUCUACUCGCGGAUAAUAGGCAAUAUAUGUAUAUCGAUAGUUGGAAUUGGUGAUGUAAAGCUUCUAGAGGAGCUUAUUAUAUAUAUCUUACAGAUGUAUAUUUCUGUAAUAUUUUGUACCGUUACAUGUCAUGGCCAUUUUUAAACCGGAUAUUUAAUAUAUUAGGUAUAUAUCAUGUAUGUAUGUGAUUUCUGUAUGUGUUCUUCUAUUUCUGGGGCCUCAACGUAUUCAGGCUGUAAAGACUCGUGCCACAAGAGAUAUAAAAAUGAAUUUCAG